GGACCAAGUCGGUCUGGAUUGUGCUAAAACUGGAGAAAGUACAUAUACCAUUCGGCCAGCAAAGGAUUUCUUAGGAGAUCUGGACAGUGGAAGUGGCCAUCUGAAAACAUUCGUCAAGGUCACUUUACUUUGUGUUAAAGGUGCUGAAUCUAGCGAGAGAGAGGGCGACUCCCCACCCCACGCCUCAGUCCCUCUCACAAGCUCCAACGUUCCAGAAUGGCCCCAGCAGCUAGUUCACAGAGAGCCCACACCAUGUCCUAACCCACGGCGUGCCCACAACCUCCCCCUCCCCCCCCCUUCCUCCUGGAAACCUUCCCCCUUCUCCCUCCCUCACCCUCUCCCUCUCCCUUCCCAGUCCCUUCUUCCUCCUCCUCUUCCUCUUCUCCCCUCUUCGUGUCUGUCCCAUGUGAGUGGUGUGGCGACCACGCCGGAGCCAUGAGCCUGCAGAAGCACAUGCAGCUGGGCUCGGAGCGGGACCUGCAGUCCACCGCCUCCUCCAUCAGCCUGCCCUCCGUCAAGAAGGCACCCAAGAAACGCCGCCUCUCUCUGGGCUCGCUUUUCCGCCGGCGCCCCCGCGAGCCCAAGCGGAAAACCCGCGACUUGGCGCUGACGGCAGGAUGCCCCGCCUCGGUGGGAGGGGUGGAGGGCAUCGCCAGCAUCGAGAGCAUCCAUUCGGACACCUGCCAUGAGAAGGCCCUCCCGGCCGGGGCAGGAGCAGCCUCCAGCUCCACGGGUGGCUCUCACGCCUCUACCUCCUCGGCGGCGUCCUCGUCCUCCUCUUCCUCCUCGUCCAAGUCGGAGCUGCUGGAAUGCCCGUUGUGCCUUCUGCGCCACACACGUGACAACUUUCCCGAGAUCAUGACGUGUGUGCAUCGUUCCUGCGCCGACUGCCUGCGGCAGUACCUUCGCAUCGAGAUCAGCGAGAGCCGCGUCAAUAUUUCCUGCCCCGAGUGCGCCGAGCGAUUCAACCCCAACGACAUCCGCGCCAUCCUUGCCGACCGGGCGCUCAUGGACAAGUAUGAGGAGUUCAUGCUGCGUCGCUGGCUCGUAGCUGACCCCGACUGCCGUUGGUGCCCAGCCCCUGACUGCGGGUAUGCCGUGAUUGCCUUUGGCUGUGCCAGCUGCCCCAAGAUCACGUGCGGCCGCGACGGCUGCGGCACCGAGUUCUGCUACCACUGCAAGCAGCUGUGGCACCCCAACCAGACGUGCGACGCCGCGCGCCAGCAGAGGGCGCAGAGCCUGCGGCUCAGGACCAUCCGCUCCUCAUCGCUCACCUACAGCCAGGAGAGCGGCGCUGCAUCUGAUGACAUCAAGCCCUGUCCUCGCUGUGCUGCUUACAUCAUCAAGAUGAACGAUGGCAGCUGCAAUCACAUGACGUGUGCAGUGUGCGGCUGUGAGUUCUGCUGGCUCUGCAUGAAGGAGAUCUCGGACCUGCACUAUCUCAGUCCUUCAGGCUGCACGUUCUGGGGCAAGAAGCCGUGGAGUCGUAAGAAGAAGAUCCUGUGGCAGUUGGGCACGUUGGUCGGGGCGCCCGUGGGCAUCGCGCUCAUCGCGGGCAUCGCCAUCCCAGCCAUGAUCAUCGGGAUCCCGGUCUAUGUGGGCAGGAAGAUCCACAACCGUUACGAGGGAAAGGACAUCUCCAACCAUAAGAGGAACCUGGUGAUCGCUGGUGGUGUGACCCUGUCUGUCAUUGUGUCACCGGUGGUAGCUGCAGUGACCGUUGGUAUUGGGGUGCCCAUCAUGUUGGCCUAUGUUUACGGGGUGGUGCCCAUCUCGCUGUGCCGCAGCGGGGGAUGUGGCGUGUCGGCGGGCAACGGCAAAGGGGUGCGCAUCGAAUUUGAUGACGAGAACGACAUGAACGUCGGCAGUGGAGCGGCUGCAACUGACACCACGUCGGUGGCGGACCCGCGGCACAACCACAGCCUGGGCGAGGGCAGCGUGGGCGGCCUGACGGGCAGCCUGAGCGCCAGCGGCAGCCACAUGGAGCGCAUCGGGGCCAUGCGGGACAACCUGAGCGAGACGGCCAGCACCACCGCCCUGGCCGGGGCCAGCAUCACCGGCAGCCUCUCGGGCAGCGCCAUGGUCAGCUGCUACAACAGGUUGGAGGUGCAGGCGGACGUCCAGAAGGAGCGCUGCAGCCUGAGUGGAGAAUCUGCCACCGUCAGCCUUGGGACAAUCAGUGACAACGCCAGCACCAAAGCCAUGGCCGGCUCCAUCCUCAACGCUUACACACCCCUGGACAGGGACAGUAAUGGAGUGGAGGUGCAGGUGGACGUGGAGACCAAGAAGCCUCAACACGUCAGCGGUGCGGACGACUCCGGAAGCCACACCUCCCGUUGUGCCUGGACCUGCCAAUCAUCCACCACUAACUCCACCUUCUGCUCCGCACGCUGGGCCAAAGACCCCUCCUCCUCCUCCUCCUCUUCGUCCUCCUCGUCUUCAUCCUCCUCGUCGGGGAAGAAGCAUAAAGGCAAGCUGAGGAAGAAGAGCGGCGGUGGCGGCGGCAGCGGCGAUGCGGUCGGCGGGGGGACGCAGAUCAACGAGACGCAGCAGGAGCCAGACGCCCAGCUGCUGGAGUGCCGUAGCGUCCACUCCAGCGGGCCGGACUCGCCCUCGCUCAGCGGCAGCCUGCCUUCCGUGGCCGACUCCCACUGCAGCCAGCUGUCCGAGCUGAGCGCCGCGUCCGAGCUCGGCCCCCCGGAACCGCCCGCCCCCGUCCCCGCCCCCGCCCGGCCCCCGGCGCAGCUGCAGCAGCACGGCCGCUUCUCCUCCGUCAGCCCCCUGCCCGAGGUGGAGCACGACCGGCUGGAGAGCUGCCCGGAGCCGACCGGCGGAGCUCGCGUUGGCGGCGGCGGAGGGGUCCUUCUCACGGCUGCCCCGGGGUCCCCGCGCUCCCCCGAGGCGCCCACGCUGUGCCUGAUCGCCGAGGAGAACGUGAGCGUGGUGCAGUCGGCUGAGCCGAACUCCUGCAGCGGGGGAGACCACGAGGAGCAGCAGAGGGGAGCCAACGUCAACAACAACAGCAGCAGCAGCAGCAGCAGCAGCCCCAGCUCACAGCGCCACCUGUGGGCCAGCAGGGGCAGCUGCAUUCAGAGCGAUCUAUGAAGCAGACUUGAAAAUAUACAUGUGCACACAUACACGGACACACACCACAAGUGCUGUAAAAAAGACAACCCCCAUCCCCCUCCCUCCCCCCCACACACACACCCCUCCACACACACACACUCACACGCAUGCACGCACGCGUCCCUCUCUGCACAGACUGACAGCACUGCAGUGCCUCACUGAGCUGGUGGCCACCAGUCCCCACGCUGCCCCAAGCUGGCACUGACUUGCAGCAGCAGCAGCAGGGGGUUUGGCUCUCUUAACCUUUUCCCCAUUUCUCUCUCACUUUGCAGCCCCAUACAAGUCUUUAGCUAAGCAGCAAAGUGCUAGCUUUCCAGCAUACGCUGUGUGUCCCAGCUGGGGAUCCUUGGGAGGAUGUCGACGCAAGAGCAGGAGCUGGCAGUGCUUCUGUGAGCCCAGUGAGCUUGGAUGUGCUGGCGUGGUGAUGCCAAAGUGUAGCAGGCAGACACUAGGGCACCGCACUCUACCGGACUGUAUUGGACACUGACUGGAGGUUGCGCCAUCUCCACACUGUUGGGACAGAGAACCACUGUGUCAGCAGCCACACACACACACACACACACACACACACACACACUUUAAGGCUGUGUCUGGGGGCUUAUCUUAACCCACACACACACACACAUGCAAAGACCUUGUUUUCAGCUCUCUCCCAAACAGGCUCCAUGUUAAUCUUCAUAGGGACCAUGCAAUAAUUUUUGUUAUGAUGAAAAAAAAUGUUUUUUUUUGUUAGUAUUCUUUUUUUCCCCUUUUUUUGUAAAUGAUCUCCACUGUUUUGUGAAGUCCAUUUCAUAAUCUCUUAUUUAUUUUUUUCCCCCCCUUCACAUUAUUCUUUUCCUAAAUGGUGGUUGGUCUGUGGCUAUGCACCACCUGUUGUUGUGUAACGAGGAGUAGCACGACCGGGCUCCGAGAGCAGGAGGGGUCCGUGCCGGAUGGGCGCCGGAUCAGAGAGGACUUCUCCCCGGAGUCGGAUGCUUUUUGGGCCAGGGAGGGCUGCCAGUGCGAGCGUUGGCGACCUCUCCCCAGCAGAGGCAGGAUGGGACUCGGUUCACCUGUCGUACAAGGCUCUCAUAGUAGCAGCAGCGGGUCUCCAGUAGCCAGGCACAAUUAUGCGAUAGGGUGAUGACCAAAACUUGCCUGUUUUCUCUGCCAAGCGCAAAAAAAAUGACGAUUUAAAAAAAAAAAAAAAAGAGAGAGAAGGUGUUGAGGCUUCUGCUUAAUUCCACUUCAAAUCUUUAUCUGCAAAUUCAUGGUGCCUUUUGGAAUGUAACUUUUUGUUUACUUUUCGCUCAAUAAGUCUGCUCCUUAUGAUUUGCUACAGUUUAAAAGAAAAUGGAUAGAACACUUUAGCUGAAUGUCUCUCACUUACUAAAGUUUGGAAACCGACAUCUUGAAUCAAAAAGACUUGCGUGAAAUCGCCUACCAAAGACAGCGCUCAGCUCAGGCCCCUUGCCCAGUCGUACUACUUGAUGUCAGUCUUUACCUCCAGAGACUGACAGUAGCGCAGCACAGCUGCGGCAACACCUGAAACCGACUCCAACAUGCAGAACUAUCCUGACUGCUGUUAACUUUUUUUUUUGUUUGUUUGUUUGUUUGUUUGUUUGUACAAGCUUUCCAAAGCCCACUUGGGAGUCUGUGAAGCCAGGUUGAUACAACAUUAUGGCCUAGACACCGGCACUGUUCACUUGUCACAAUUUUUCGGUGUACAAGUAAGUGUCAAAAUGGGUGGAGAAGACCUGUGAAACCCUGUUCGUAUUUUGUAAUUGCGCUUUUCCUUACUGAUCUGGGUUGAGGCGUGUGUGGGUGGCACACAUCUGCGCUCCCAGCUGUUCUGUUGGAGGGCCAGUCCUGUGUCUGGCGCCCUCCCUUGCCCCCUCAUACACGUGCAGUUAUGUGCUCCAGCUUCUGGUAUCAUUUCUAAUAUUGGAUCAGAAAAGCGUAUGGUGUUGGAUUUCUUUUUUUUUUUUCAAUUUGCUUUAUAAUAUGCAUGUCAAAUGCAUAUCUGAAAUAAAUUUGAGAAAAAAAUUGA